UAUUUUGGUACCGUUAACCAUACUGAAGGCUGGUGUCCUGGAAGCAAAGCAGCGAGUUUCAGUCAGAAUGGUUCCUAUGCUACUGUGCCCAACAUUAACAUAAGAACCUGUGACUUUACAAUUGCGUUUUGGGUAAAGUAUAUUGGUGUUGACGGGCCUAUACUGGCACUUCAGUCAAAGGGUGGAAAACUAUUUUACGUUACAGUCAAGAAUUCUCGACUCAUUUUAUCGAUACACAAUACUUUCCACUUACAAAUCAAUUACUGGAAUCACGUAGCAGUAACCUGUCAGCAGCAUAAGAUCAACGUGUUCGUUAAUGGUACGGAGAAGGCAUUGGUAGACCAAUGGAAUGAACAUUUCUUCUCAUCGUUAGGCCGUUAUCAGCCAGAGUACAUCAUAGGGAAUGAUCCGGGCUUAGUCCAGAUGCCCAUGGCAAAUGGGGUGUUUGUUGGAGCAGUCAUGGAUCUUUAUGUGACUGGAAAAGCUUUAUCUGGGAGGCAGGUCUAUGACCUGAGUAAAGGUGAGAGUAGUAUCUAUCCAAGGUUAAAUCGUAUUCUUCUUAUAGUCCUGAUUUUAGGCUUUUAAAGAUUAAGUUAGCAUAAUGUUUUGGCGUAAUUCGUAAUAAUUUUUAUUAGUUUUCCAAAAACUAUUGUAAUAAUUUGCACUUUUGGCUAGUUUUACAGCUCAAAAUUGAUCAUGUUAGCACUUACUUUGGCCCGAGAGCAGAAUUACAGGUAAAUUUAAGUAACGAAAUAAGUUUUUUGUCUGCUUAUUGUCACAUUCAUUGGACUUAGGUCCCGCAGGAAUUAAUCAAGGUAAUUAAGAACUCUUUUUACAGGACUCAACGCAUGCCCAUAAUUAGCGCGAUCAGUUAAGAUGGCGUCAGCGUGCUAGUCGUUAAUUCAGGUUUCAGUUUUUGUAGUUGUUAGACAGUUUUGUAGGUUUAGUGGUAUACCUUUCUACAUUCAUCUAUCACUGCAAAUACAUCAGUAGAAAUCACUAAGUAAUCGCAGUAUUAUUCUCAUUAUUUAAAGGCAAACCAAUUACACCCGUGAUAAACAACAAAGAGUUGGAAAUACAUGGUUGCAAAGUCAAUGUAACGUGGAGUAGAAAAGAAAUAUGCACCAUAACGGAGACCACUGUACGGUUUAGGGAGAUAAAGCCACUAGGCAUUGAAGCU